AUUCAUUCAUUGCGUAAGAUGAACCGAUCGGGACGUCCAUUCGAUGAUGAAUUCCAAUCAUACUUUCAUCGAACAUUAAAUGAAAGAUUGGCAUCGAUCUAUGCGCGCAUUGAAAUGGAGUUGGUUAUGGAUCCACAAAUUGCACAGAAUGCUGAAUUGUACAGAAAUGGAAUAUCAACAACUUCUUCGAUUGGUACACCAGAUCAACGUCAAUCUCCGGCUUCAGUUCAAACGGAAGAUUUUAUACGCGAACAAACGACCUUUUAUCGGAAGGUUGACGCGGACAAUGGUUCGAUUUUGGGUGUCUUCGAGGAAAGAACAACAACUAUCACUCGUCAAACAAACGAUUCGGAUUCGGAAAUUGAUGCUUUAUCGGAGGCCGAACACUUUUCUGCCGAACCAAUUGUCGAAUAUCCCGACGAAGAUAAACAAGGUGGAAAUGGAACUUUAAGCCCAAUUCUGAUUGAUGACAAAUCAAACGAUGGCAUUCUAAAGAAUACGGCUGGUGUGACUGAUGUGAAUGGCGAUGGUUCAAUUGAAGAUGAAGCAAAUCGAACGAUUAAAGCCACCAAAUUGAAACGUUCGAAAAAAGUCCCAACCAAAAUACGUUCAGCAAAAAAAUCACCUAUCAUCCAUCGGUGUGAUCAGUGUAAUUAUGCCACUUCAAGAAUUGGGCAUUUUUACCGGCAUAAGCUAACUCACACCGAUCAAAAACCAUAUCAAUGCCAUCGUUGUUUCAAAAACUUCAACCGCUCAGAUAACAUGAAGAGCCACAUGAAACUAUUUUGUAAGAAGAAAUCUUCUUAAAUGUUAAU